GUCCGGACCGUCUAAAGAAGUCAUAAAACGUCCAAUCGAAAAAUACGCUCCGAACUAUGAAGCUCUUAGGGUAUUGUCUCUUUUGUCUCCUCGCCGCAAGAGUACAAUCGAAGCCACAAAUAACCAAAUUAGUGCCAGUGGAAGGAACUUUUCAAAAACAAUUAAAUAAUACUACGAAGCCCUUGGACAAAUUUUGGGAUAAAUUACUCGCCACGUACAACUUCAUCUUUCGUCAAACCAACAAUACGAACAACAUAGAAAAGAUUCUGGCAAAGGACGUGCCAGCUUCUGAUUUGCAAGCCGUGAAACUAAUAUUGCCCAAUUCGAUGAAGAUAGAUAAAUAUUCGAAUCUCCAAUAUCCUAACAAUAGUUUCCUGGAUCAAAUAAAAUCACUGUCAAUACUGAAGAAGUACGAAAAUAAAGCGAAUUCAAAUAAUCUCGAGAAGGAAUCGUCCGUUAAAAUAGCGACAACGGUCAAAGCGAAUGAAAGAAACAUGAACUCUAUAAGCUCCGACAAAAAGAACUCCAAUAAAAUAAAGAUGCUACCUGAUGACGAUUGGUUUAAUAACAUUCAGCCUUUAGAACAACUGGAGCUGCAAGACGGAGAAAUAAAUAAGAAAAAUGAGGUGGAAAUCAUAACAACAACCCCUCAAUCUCCAACAAGGGUAGGUCACCAGCUGGUCGAGUGGCUUGGAUCUCUUUUCAGCUUUACUCAUAACAUUUAUGCAAAAUUAUCGAGUGUUGCUUGCAGAAAAGAAAAGAUGCAACAAUGAGAUAUAUAAAAUAUAUUUUUACUUCGGGAAUUUAGAUUAUAUAGAAACUAUAUUAACUCUCCGUUUACAAAUCUCUAAAUAAGCUGAGCCUAAAUAUGUAACAUGAAUAUCGAAUCAUAAUUUUCAUUUAAUCAAUAUAAAAAAAAAAUCGCGUUUAAUCUAAAUAUAAAAUAUAAAAUAAAAAGUUAUAUUCAAUGCUAAACGUGUGCCGAUAAUAGAGUAAAUAUAAUAUGAUAGAGUAAAUGAGUAAAUAUAAAUGUCAUAAAAAUUCAGUUUCACUGUAGUAUUAAAUAUAUGAAGAAGAAUAGGGGAGAAAAAGAAGAAGAAGAGAGAACGAUAGAAGAACGAAAAUAUCAUCAAAGAUAUCAUACAAAGAUAUCUGAAUUGUAUAUCUUUAUACCACCAUUAUCCCUUGCAUAUUUCGCUAAAACAAAUAAAUUUUAUAUUAAAUAAGAGAUUAAAUAAUAUUUUUCAUAAUAUUUUUUAAAUCUCAUAGUAUGCGACAAAUGAUAAACAUACAUUUAAAUAUGGGAUAUAUCAUAGCAUUCGUGUGCAAAAAGUUAAUUUUA